AUGAUGACGACGUCGUCGACUAUUUCCGAGUUUAAUGUGGGUAGUACUGAUAGUAGAGGGUUUGGUAGUAGUGGAGGUGCUGGAGGUGCAAGAAGUAGUAGUGUUGGAAGUGCUGAUGGAAGAGGUGUUGGAGGUGGUGGUUUGUUUGGACAUGGAAGACUGUCAACUGGUAGUACUAGUAUGGGUAAAUCGAUGAGUAAUAGCAGUAUGGAUGUUAGUGGAUUACAGACUCCACGACAUGCGAAUUCAGUGUCUGGUGCGACGGGAUCAGGUCAUCAGGAACUGAUGAGACCGCCUCCUCCGUCGUCGCGACCGUUGAACCUGUUUGCAACAUCCACUUCACCGACUUCCAGUACAAAUGCCAGUACACAUACCAACCAUAACAAUACUACUCCGGGAUUACAAUUCACAUCCCAACAUUCUCAAAGAGGAUUGUUUCCCGAUUCUACGGUGUCUUCGUCACUGGCUCCACAGAGUCAUAGUCAACAGCGACGAAGAACGUUUGAAUCAACAGCAACCACUCAAGAAUAUAGUGUUCUGAGCAGUAUUCUUCAUGGAAAUUCCAGCCACACCGCUACUAAUAUCGCGUUGUCAGAUGUCCCGUCGACGUCGAGCCCGGCGUUCAGCGACGAUUCGCAGCGAACAGACAACUCGACCUACUUUCAUCCAAACUAUCUGAACCAGUUCUCACUAGGAAACAGUCCGAGACAUAACUUUUCUGAGAUUCUCGCUUCGGUAGAUAUGACACAACAACAAGCUAAUGAUUGGCUGAAUGAUACUCCAAAACCACCACCCAUAUCGUUUACAAUUGCCGAUAGUAUUGAUAACAUGAUGGAUCCAGAACUGAGACUGUUUGAAGAGCAGUUUUCUACUGUUGCACCAGGAGCAAAUGGUGAGACACCAACUGCAACUGGUACCGGUGACACAACUACCGGCACACCCGCACCUCCAACCCCCGUAAUUUCCGCUACGGACACCACCAGCUUAUCACUGGCAGGUACUGGGUCUGAGAACCAACCACGAUAUACCACCAGCAGUCGAAUGAACAAUCGACUGGGCGGGUUCUCCAACACUGGCAGUUGGCAACCAUUAAAAAAGCCCGCUGAUAUUUAUCGUAACGUGCGACAGCCGUUUCCAUACACCCCCGGAUUUCAUUCUCUGAUCAAGUAUUUGAAGUCACGGUUCGACAAACCGCAACUGAUUCAAAUGGCCAAAUGCAUGGCCAGAUACCGACCGUCGUUUAUUGCCUGUACGAACUCAUUAGACGAAGACGAUCUAGUGUUUAUGGAGCAAUGUUUUCAACGAACGCUGUUAGAAUACGAAAAGUACAUCUCUUUCUCAGGGACUCCUACCGCCGUCUGGCGACGAACUGGACAAAUAGCAGCUGUCGGCAAAGAAUUUUGUAUUCUGACCGGAUGGUCACGUCAACAACUGCUGGACCGCGACGGGUCUGGUACCGGCGGUAUGUUCAUCGUCGAGGUGAUGCAAGACGAGUCGGUGCUCGAGUACUUCCAAAUGUUCAGCGACAUCGCGUUCGGCGACUCCCGCGGAGCCAUGAUGUCAGAAUGCUCACUCCUCACACCCAACGGCAAAACCAUCCGCACCACGUCCAUGUGGACACUCAAAAGAGAUGUGUUUGGCAUUCCCAUGAUGAUUAUUGGGAACUUCCUGCCCAUCUUAUCAUGA